AUGGUCGACAUUGAAAGUACGGGUUACGAUGAUUCUCCGCAUGCCAGCGGAAGCGGCGGCUCAGGUCUCAAGCUUGUUUUACCCUCCUUGAAGACUGUACAAGCAUUGAAGGGGAAGAAGAGGAAAGGCUUCAGCGCGGUGCACGAAGAGCCCCCGAAGAAGAUACCGAGACCUCCAAAGCUUAAGCCGCUCAAGGAAGUUCUUACGAGGCUCAUUGUUCAAAUCAAGAAGAAGGAUGACUAUGCAUUCUUCUUGCAGCCUGUGGACAUCUCGCAGGUGCAAGGAUAUAUGGACGUUGUUAAACGUCCAAUGGACUUUGGCACAAUGACUACGAAGGUGGAGAAGGGGCGUUAUAGGUCGCUUGAAGAGUUUGCUGAUGACGUGCGGUUGGUGACUACUAACGCUAAGAUGUUCAACCCGCCGGGGACAAUAUAUCACACUGAAGCGGAGCGGAUUGAGGCAUGGGCGCUCGAGCAUGUCGGCAAGGCGUCCUCAAGCGUCAUCGAGUAUGAGACCGACUGGAACAUUGAGAUAGAGCGUGAUGACAACGACGGGGACGUGCCCCCCACGGCGGAGAAGGGUACACCUAUGGAGGGAGACGAUAAUGGGUCGGUUGCGUCCGCCCAGACGCCCGUGGUGCAGUCGCAAACGCAGCCGCAAGGUGGGGGCAGGCGGCGGGGAGGUGGAGCAGCGAAGAAGCCCCCUGGUGCCCUGUCGGAAAGCCUGGAGGACGAUGGUGGGCUUCCUGGAGCCAAGGAAGGCUUAGGCGCGUUCCCGCCAGGGACAGAAUGGGCGGACCUGAUGCUAGCAUUGAAGUUACGUGGGAAGCGGCAUCGAACUAAGAAGGAGCGACUACGUAUGGAAAAGGGUGGCCCGCCGUAUCGCGCAGACGCUAGUUUGGAUUUUACAGAACUUGAUAACCCUUUCUCUGUCCUCUCAUUCUUUGCUCCUGAAUCCCUGUCGCGUCCCUCCCUAACCCCACUUUACCCGCGCCCUCCCGACUCAAUCGAAGGCAUGAUCAAUCCGCCUGUCAACAUCACUCCCGCCACCACGAUCCCUGCACUUACUUCUCUCGCUUCCCAGCCUUCCUCAAGUAAAGGGAAACUAAAGUCGAAGCCAAAACGGCGCCACUGGGUUAUCACACGCACCGCUCCGUCGCGAAAUCGGCAACAGCGCGAUGAGGAGGAAGAUGCUGACGUCCCCACAAGGGAACCAGCCGCUGAGGACUUCGGUACGUUCGCGACAUUAGGCAGUAUGCUGAGUGCGCAACAGCCGGCUCGAUACGGCACGAAGGACAAGCUCUUUGAGGCGAUACGGGCCAGUGUAGGUGUACAUGCGAAGGCGCCAGAAGUCGAAAUACGAGAGCCCGAAGACUACUGGCGAGGGAAGGGCACGGAAGCGGAGCAGUACCUUCGAGACGUGGUGUACGGUGGAAUAGACGGAUUCGCAUACGUACGUAGUCUGGCCGAGUUCACAUGUCUGGAUGAACCUCUGGAGGACACCGGAGAGCAGCCUGCACCCUCGCCACUUGGCGUGCCGCUGGCACGAUGGGUCGAACAACACAUCGUCGACCCGCUAACCGACGGGCGCCACCGUCUCCUCAGCGAGAUCACGCACCGCUUACAAGAUCCCCGAUUCCCCGUAUCCCCCGAUGUAUCUAGACAACUCUCGCUGUCGCUCGAGGCGUAUCCACGCGCGGCGCUGGAGCUUGCCGAGAUGCGGUGUAUGAUGCGCGACACGAUCGACAUGACGCCGCUAAUCCGCCGACCGGAGGAGCUGUACCAGGUCGAGGAAGCCUGGACUGGGAAGGCGUGGUGCGAGGCGCGGCAGCGGCAAGAGGACAGCGCCCAUCAGGGCAGCGCAGCGGAGUACUUGCAAUAUGCAAUCGCGAAGCACCAGGAGGGACUCACAGGUGCGGCGCAGUACGAUGCAGGGCUGCUGCAAUACGUUUUAGACCAUGCUGCGAACAUCAUCGACGAGAUAAGGCAGCGCGGGACGGGUGAUGCCGUGGCAGCGGAGCAGAAAGACAAGAGGGAAAUACCAGAAGACCCCGCGGCUGCCGGUCGUCAGGAGGAAGAGGAAGAGUGCGAGGAGGAUCCCGUGAUGCGGCAGCUGCGCCUGGACCUUCUUGGCCUUGCAAAGCGCGCUCCCUUGGACAAAAUCUCAAGGCUGCCCGCUAAACUAGUUCCGGAGACUCUUCGACACAUUGUACCUAUCAUUGAUUCGUGAGCAUUGUUGUACAGGAUGUACGGGCGCGAGAAGGCUUGUAACUGUGCGAUGUAGCAUACCAGUUCAACAUGUAUUAUACCCGUGAGUCUGCUGUACUCACAUAUUUUGGGUUGAUGUAAUGUUAAAUUACUUA